GACCUGUCUCCUUUUGGACUGAAACUACCCUACCUUCACCACAACACAGCACAAACUUCGUUCCUACCUUCCGCCCCAUUAUCACCAUGCCGAUGCUAGGAGGUAUCCCCGGCCACCCCAAGAGCAAGGUGCUCUUGACCGGCGGCACCGGCUUCAUUGCCUCCCACAUCCUCGAUCACCUCCUCGAAUGCGGCUUCGACAUCGUCGUAACCGCCCGCUCCCAAGCCAAAGGCGAACGCAUCAUCGCCUCCAUCGCCAACUCCCCCAACGUGGUCAACAGCGUCGGCUGCAAGGUGACCUACGCCGUGGUCGAAGACAUUGCUGAAGACGGAGCUUUCGAUGAGGUCAUCAAAACCAACCUCCCCCUCCACUAUUGCAUCCACACCGCAUCCCCUUGCCAAUUCUCCUUCUCGGACCCGGUAAACGACUGUCUCCUCCCAGCCAUCAACGGCACCGUCUCGCUCUUGUCCUCUCUCCAAGAGCACGCCUCCUCCUCCCUCCUCCGCGCCGUCUUGACCUCCAGCAGCGCCGCCAUACUCAACCCGCCCAACCACCGCCCCGUGUACGAUGAAUCCUCUUGGCCCGACGAUGAGACACUGAACUGGGACCAGGCCGCGGACCCCAACGCGCCCGGCGACACGACAUACAGAGCUAGCAAGAAGUUCGCCGAGCAAGCGGCGUGGGAGUUUAUGGAAGAGAACGAGCUCAGUUGGGACUUGGCGACGAUUAAUAACACGUAUACGUUUGGGCCGCUGCCAAGGAGUCUGGACGUCAAGAAUGCCGGGGAAUUGAAGGUUAAUACGUCGAAUGAGAGGAUUGCUGAUUGCUUGACGGGUAAGUGGUGCCAGGUAAUUCCGCGGACGGCGCCGGUAUUCACGUUUGUGGAUGUGCGCGAUGUAGCCGUUGCGCAUGUGAGGGCGAUGACGAGGCCCGAGGCGGGAGGGAAGCGGUUUUAUGUUGUUGGGGGGUUCUUUAGCAAUGCGAAAAUUGCAGGGGUUGUUCAUGGGUUGUGUAGAGCGAAGCAACACCAACACCAACAAGGCAGCGAGGUUGAGAACAAGGGGGAAGAAGUGGAAAUGUGUCAAGAUUGUGUCAAGUUUGAUGACUUCCCGGAGAAUCACUGGAAGUUCGACAAUGCGAGGAGUAAGGAGGUGCUGGAGCUCGAGUGUAGGAGUUUGGAGGAAAGCGUGGCUGAUACGGUCAGGAGCUUGAGGGAGAUGGGCGUUGGGAAGGGCACACCGAAGAUCGCUGGACAUUGUGGCCCGGAUGAGAAGAUUUUGCCGAACUAGACCUGUGUAAACAGAAGCAUCAUCGAAUGAAGGAACAAGGCAGGGUAUCAAGGUAGAUUGAACUUAUCGUCAUCAUAUCCAAAUCC